ACUGACCGGACUAUAUAAAGUUAUAAAGCAAGGGAAACAAAACCCUAGAAGAAGAAGCCGAUCUCCUAACUCUCUCGGUUUUCUCUUACCAAACUAAAUUAGUGGUGGCUGCCACUCUCUUUCUCUAAGUCGACGGCGAAGACAACUAUAGUCGGACGAGAAUGGAUUCGCAGAUAAAACAUGCUGUGGUGGUGAAAAUAAUGGGGAGGACAGGAUCAAGGGGUCAAGUGACUCAGGUGAGAGUCAAGUUUCUGGAUGAUCAAAAUCGUUUCAUCAUGAGGAAUGUGAAGGGACCUGUUAGGGAAGGCGAUAUUCUCACCCUUCUCGAGUCCGAGAGGGAGGCUAGAAGGUUGCGUUGAUCAUCUUCUUCAUCAUCGACAUCGUCAUCAUGUUUCUUAAUGAUCAUGAAUGAUUCUCUCCUUUUACCUGUAUUUUUUCAACCUUUCGUUUUCGUAAUGCUUACUUGAAUUGAUCAGAACUAUGUUUAAUUUAGUUUUAUUUUUCUGUGUUGGGUAGUACAUUGGGUUUUGAUAAAUUUAGAGUGUGCACUUUUGAAAUUGAAUUCCUAUAUAUGAAUCGAAAGGCUGAUUGUUCACUUGGCAUUGCAUUUUAGUAAACAAAUUUUAAAGUUGGAUGGCAAA